CACCUUUUUUUUUUUCAAAAAUGGUUGGCCAGUGCUCCAUGGUGGUGGCAUAAUAGAAAGAACCCUUCUGUCCCAACCAAUCAGUCUAUGUAUGCGACGGCGACGGACGUCGUUUGCAAUAGUCCCGGGCCUUUUUGCGUGAUCGUCAAGUUGCAUAGCAAUUGGCAACGAAAAUUGUGAAAGAAAUCUAAAAAAUCUAUGACAGAAAAAUAGGAAAUCUUCCAACGUUGCUGGUGCGUAUAGGUCUUGUACGACACACGCUAUCGUCCGUGUCUACAGCUGAUGUGGAGUAUCUUUUUAUGUUGUACAUCGAACGUCUUUAUAUCAUAACGAGAAUGGAAAAAGAAUAGACAACAACGUUCGACAAACAACAAGAAGAGUGGAUAGUGCAAACAAACGUAUUAUACUGUCCGGAACUAAUAAUACAAGGGCACAAGAACGAAACAAAAACAAAAAACUUUAGCGAAAUUAGACGUGUCCAUGGCGAACCCACGUCCUGGAACUAGUCAGAACCAUCGGUCUCGUCGCAUUAGCUAUGUCUCUACUUAGCGUUACGGUGAAACGGGCCAAGUUCGCGGGACCAAGUGCCAACCAGCUCAACACGUACGUGACUCUCCAAUUGCAAAAUGUCAAAUCCACGACGAUCACCGUUAAAGGGGCCAAUCCCGCCUGGGAACAGGAUUUUCUAUUCGAGACCAACUGUCUGGACACGGGUCUACUCAUCGAAGUCUGGAACAAAGGGCUCAUUUGGGACAAAGCAAUGGGACACUACUGGCUUCCACUUCAGCAAGUCCCCUACUCGAACGAACAGGAAGGAAUCGGUCAGUGGAUGUCGUUGGAUGCAGAGCAGAUCAUGGAAAACGGAGUGGUGGUCGGUACCCGAAAUCCCACAGGCGAUUACCUCCUCAUUGACUGCCGCUUCGAAUUGCCUUACGACUCGGAAGAUGUGGACCUCGGCGGGAUGCAGCGUAAAUUGGAGGCAUACAACCACGUGCUGGACCAAGAAAUGUCCUCGAUGCGAGACGGUGGGAAGCGGCGCCAACAGCAAUUCCUUAUUCACUCUGGACUCUCAGAGGACAGCGAUUAUACAAGCGAAGUCAACUAUCCGCUGGUCCAGCAUCACGAGGCCAACGGGUCGGCCUCGCAGUACCUGAGCGUUGCCCAUCAAUACCCAUCGCCGCAGAGGUCGUCGGAAAUCAGUCGAGAAAAUUCGUACGAAACGAACGAUACGAGCACGGAUCAGCGGCAUUGGGCAUAUGAUUACGGCGGCGGUUAUCCAGCUACGCAAGAGGAUGGUUAUGAUUAUAAUUACGACCAGUCCGAGGAAAUGUAUGUUCAGUCGGACCAAUGGCCACGACCUACAGAAGAGCCGUUGUAUUACAACAGUCGUCCUAAUAAAGAAUCCAAAUCCACCGGGCAGUACAAGAAUUCUUCCAACUGUUACGACAGCCCAGAUAGACGCUCUACAACAGCCAGUGAAAUUCGAACCAAUUUUGCCAAAGGUUGUAUACAGCCAACCACAACUAGUCCAAAACCGAGCCUUGCAAGACAGUCGACUUUGUAUGAUGAACACGAGACUAAUCAUUCAUCCGAAGCUACGUACUCCGAAGACUAUGCGAAUUACCAGCAGCCUCCUCAGCAACAACGCCAGCCCUAUCCAAUUGGCAAUAACCAUCAGUCACAAGAGCAGUACAACUACUCAACAGCUGCCGGUUACGAUGACUCUUCAACUUAUCAGCAAUACGACGGCGGUGGCACUUCAGAAUACGACUACAAUUACGAUUACAAUUAUGGCUACAGCGAAGGCCAGCAAUAUAACGAGAGCGUGGCUGCUGUCAUCGAUGACGGCAAGGAGAGUCACGGUUAUGGUUAUUAUGACGAAACGGGAUAUUACUACGACGGCCAGUGGUACGCUUACGAUGGCAACUACGACGCCAAUUACGAUGCAAACUAUUCAACGGAAGAUGCCACGUCUAAUUGGUCUCAGCAAAAUUACGAUGGCCAACAAGAACAUUACGAUCAUUCCAAUGACUAUACAGCCCCCGUGAAAACGGACUACGUUCCAGAGUUACCUACAAAGAGUCAACCAAAGCCUCAGCCGCAAAAAUCGUCAAUCACAGCACCGGCGGCUGCUAUUAUGAAGACCAUCCUCGAAGAUGCCGUCCCACUCAAACCUUUACAAAUGCUGGGGGAUAUCUUCUCCAAAAGAAGUACGAUGAUGCAUCACGGGGAUCUGAGCAGUAGUGGUGGAAGCGUCGAAAGUGAACAACCAAUGACUAGGAGACGAGAAAGUAUCGCCAGUGUGACGACACCAACCGGCCCUGAAUUGACGACAAAUUUUGGCGGAAGAACUAGCCAAUCGCCUCUGAUGAUGGGUGAAUUGGAUCGACUGCAAACGGAUAUGUUGAGUUCGAGAGGACAGGAGGAUCAGAUGGUGAUCAGUGAUUAUCGAGCUGGUAGUGGACCAUCUAUUGAACCGCCCGAUCACAGACGAGGCUCCAUCCAGUCUCGUUUGUCCCAAAUGUCUCAACAGUCGAGGCGGGAAAGAGCCGAACACUUCCGACGACGUCGUUCUUCCAGUAUCUGCAGCGAUCGUGAUCGUGAUCGUGAUCGUGAACAUGAACAUGAACAUGAACAUGCCAGUCCGUACAAUUCGUACGAUGACGAACGAACGCCCGUGAAUGAAAUCAAUCUAAGCCUGGACAUGAACGACAUGACGCCGAUUGCGACGCAAGUUCCAUUUCCGCCUCAGCAACAAUACAAGGGCGUUUCGUUUGACGAAGACGACAUGUACCUGAACGAACGAGGCGAUCCUGGGAUGCAAUCGACCGACCAAAUGGAUCAAUUGCCGCCACCGACGACUCCACCGCAAGACUCGGUCAUCUCGGCGCCACCCGUCACUGCCGCCCGCGCCUGCCAAAAUUUGACACCACGUCAAAAAUGGCUGUGGGCGUUCAACAAGAUCUGCGCCCAACUCAUGAAUGGAUCCGGUGGAGCUGGAGGACGUGGCAGUCGCACCAAUGGGCUGCCAGGUGAUAAUCCGUUCUACAGCAACAUCGACAGUAUGCCAGACAUACGACCCAGGAGGAAAUCGAUCCCUCUCGUCUCUGAGCUGGUUCUCAAGACGAUGGCGGCGACGAAACGCAAUGCCGGCCUGACGUCAGUUCUGCCACGAGCCACACUCAACGAUGAAGAACUGAAAAUGCACGUGUACAAGAAAACAUUGCAGGGUUUGAUUUAUCCUAUUUCGAGCACCACUCCGCACAAUUUCCAACCGUGGACGGCAUCCUCCCCGACCUAUUGUUAUGAAUGCGAGGGUCUUCUAUGGGGCAUUGCCCGUCAGGGUGUCCGGUGUACUGAAUGCGGCGUCAAAUGUCACGAGAAGUGCAAGGAUUUGCUCAACGCCGACUGCCUACAAAGGGCUGCUGAGAAAAGCUCCAAGCACGGCGCCGAGGACAAAACGCAGAUUAUCAUCACGGCAAUGAAGGAACGAAUGAAGCAGCGCGAACGUAACAAACCCGAAAUCUUCGAACUCAUACGCGUGAUAUUUAAUGUGGAUCCCGACACUCACAUAGACUCCAUAGAACAGGCGGAAUCGGCCGUGCUGGAAGGCACGGCCAACUGGUCUGCCAAAAUUGCCGUCACAGUGAUUUGCGCCCAGGGUUUGAUCGCCAAAGACAAGAGUGGCACGUCUGAUCCAUACGUCACCGUCCAGGUAGGCAAAGUCAAGAAGAGGACGCGCACAAUGCCCCAAGAGCUAAAUCCCAUCUGGAACGAGCGAUUCUAUUUUGAAUGUCACAAUUCGUCCGAUCGAAUCAAAGUUCGAGUCUGGGACGAGGACAACGAUUUCAAGUCUAAAAUGCGCCAGAAAUUCACUCGUGAGUCGGAUGAUUUCCUUGGGCAGACCAUCAUCGAGGUACGAACACUUUCCGGCGAGAUGGACGUCUGGUAUAACUUGGAAAAGCGGACGGACAAGUCAGCCGUAUCAGGUGCUAUCCGACUUCACAUCAGCGUCGAAAUCAAGGGAGAAGAAAAGGUGGCUCCCUACCAUGUCCAAUAUACUUGCCUGCACGAGAACCUUUUCCACUACCUGUCGGAACAGGUGCACAAUGGCGGAGUCAAACUUCCGGCUGCUAAAGGCGACGACAGCUGGAAGAUUUACUUUGACGAACCGUCGCAGGAACUAGUCGAAGAGUUCGCAAUGCGUUACGGUAUCGAGCCAAUUUACCAGGCCAUGACGAAUUUCCACUGCCUGUCUACCAAGUACCUCUGUCCGGGUGUUCCGGCCGUCAUGAGCACCCUGUUGGCCAACAUCAACGCGUUUUACGCUCACACGACUGCCUCGACGGCCGUCUCGGCUUCCGAUCGAUUCGCUGCUUCAAACUUUGGAAAGGAGAAGUUUGUGAAGCUGUUGGACCAAUUGCACAAUUCGCUGCGGAUCGAUCUGUCCAUGUAUCGGAACAAUUUUCCAGCUUCAUCCCAGGAGAAGCUGAUGGAUCUCAAGUCUACCGUCGAUUUGCUUACUUCAAUCACGUUCUUCCGAAUGAAGGUGCAAGAGCUCAGCUCGCCACCUAGAGCCAGCACGGUCGUCAAAGAUUGUGCCACAGCCUGCCUGAAGUCUACCUAUCAGUUUUUGUUCGAGAAUUGCUAUGAACUCUACGCUCGAGAAUACCAGGCGGAGCCGGGAGAGGCAAAGAGAGAUCCUGAAGAUCACGGUCCCAGAUUGGACAGUGUGGAUUUUUGGCACAAAUUAAUUGCCCUUAUAGUCUCGGUGAUUGAAGAAGACAAGAACAGCUACGCCCCAGUUUUGAAUCAGUUUCCACAGGAGCUCAACAUCGGCCAACUUUCGGCGUACAUCAUGUGGACUCAAUUCGCCGUCGACAUGAAGUAUGCUCUAGAAGAGCACGAACAGCAACGACUCUGCAAGUCUUCCGCUUAUAUGAACCUCCAUUUCAAAGUCAAGUGGCUCUACAAUCACUACGUGAAAGACUUGCCGCAGUACAAAGGAGCCGUCCCCGAAUACCCUGCAUGGUUUGAGCCGUUCGUCAUGCAAUGGCUGAACGAGAACGACGACGUUUCCCUCGAGUACCUUCACGGUGCCUUCAAGCGUGACAAACAAGAUGGGUUCCAGCGAAGCAGCGAACAUACUCUCUUCUCGACUUCAGUGGUGGACAUUUUCACGCAAUUGGCCCAGUGCUUUGAUGUGGUUUCCAAACUCGAAUGUCCCGAUCCCGAAAUCUGGAAACGAUACAUGAAACGAUUCGCCAAAACCAUAGUCAAAGUAUUGCUGGCCUAUGCCGAUACAGCCAAAAAGGAGUUUCCUCAGUUGACCAAAGAUGAACGUAUUGCCUGCACGUUGAUGAACAACAUCCAACAGCUUCGAGUGCAAUUGGAGAAAUUAUUCGAGCAAAUGGGAGGUUCGAAGCUCGAAGAAGACGCUGCCAACAUUUUGAAGGAGCUUCAGCAAUCGCUCAAUAACGUCCUUGACGAAUUGGCUACCAUGUUUGCAAAAAGUCUCGAACCGAAAAUUACAGUCAGCGUGAAAGAAGUAGGCGAUUUGCUGUCUCACAUCAAAGGAGGCGGCCAGGUCUCGCUGACUCAGCCGUCGCAGCGAAACGCAGUCACGACGGAAGCCGACGAUUCGCUCAAACCUCUCAUGGAUUUGCUCGAUGGUUCGCUGUCGCUUUACGCCGAGUCGUGCGAAAAGGCAGUGCUCAAACGACUGCUCAAAGAAUUGUGGAAGAUUGUCAUGCACACCAUGGAGAAGACCAUCGUAUUACCGCCGAUGACCGACAAGAGCAUGAUCUUGAAGAAUUUGACGGACAAUGCCAAGAAUUUAGCGGCCAAUGCGAAAAUCGAGGACAUGUCGCGGCUCUUUAAGAACAGCGUGGCUGGCAAGCAGGAUGUCAAGAGCGCGCUCAGUGGAGUUAUGGAAAUAUCCAAAGAGUUUGAGAAGAACUUGACGCCGAAGCAGUGCGCCGUCCUCGAUGUGGCUCUCGACACCAUCAAACAAUAUUUCCACGCCGGUGGCAGCGGCCUUAAGAAGACCUUCUUGGAAAAAUCACUCGAGCUCCAAUCGCUUCGCUACGCGCUGUCUCUGUAUACUCAGACCACCGAUACGCUCAUCAAAACCUUCGUCACCUCUCAAACGAAUCAAGUUCCCGCUACUAACGCCAAAGCCGAAUGGAGGAGGAAACCCGACAUUUCCGUAGAAACGGAGAGGCAGCAAUCCGAAGACAAGGACGGCUCGGAAGAAGGAAAAGGUCAAGAGGAGGAUGACGAAAUGCUCGGCGAUUCGUUUGAACAGACCAACGAGAAGCGUCAGCAAACUCCGUCCCAAAAAAAGAGCAUUCAGAACCAAUCAAAGCAGUCGGGGACAGAUUUGCCAAGCGUCGAAGAAGGUAGUGUCGGUGAGGUGAGCGUCCAAGUUGACUUGUUCACUCAUCCCGGUUCUGGCGAGCACAAAGUCACCGUCAAAGUUGUAGCGGCCAACGAUUUGAAAUGGCCAGUUCAACCUGGAAUGUUCCGGCCGUUCGUUGAAACCAAUUUGGUCGGUCCACACCUGGCUGAUAAGAAGCGCAAAUUUGCCACAAAGUCUAAAUCAAAUACGUGGUCACCAAAAUACAAUGAGACAUUCCACUUUGUCAUCGGCAACGAAGAGAGUCUGGAAUCUUUUGAACUUCACAUAUGCGUCAAGGACUAUUGCUUCGCACGAGAUGACAGCCUAGUGGGUGUGGCCGUUAUGCAGCUGAAAGACAUCGUUGAACAGGGUUCUUGCGCGUGUUGGCUGGCAUUGGGCAAACGUUGCCACAUGGACGAGACUGGCUGGACGAUCCUACGGAUCUUGUCACAACGCACUAACGACGAAGUUGCUCGCGAGUUUGUCAAGAUGAAAUCAGACGUGCGGCCAGAAGAAUCUGCCGUUCAACAGUCGUAAAAUGUGACAUUUUAAGAAUAACAACAGAUGUUUUUGUUUUGUUUUUGUUUGCCACUGGAUCGUCACGGUUUAGUUCUCUAGUUUUACUCCAUGUUUGUACCUUACGUCUUCCAGUUGGAGCCACGUUGUUUGAGUGGAAAAGACGAGAAAGCUCCACGGUUCGCGGUUUCUUUGUAACUGACGGAUGAGUAAUAAGGAAAUUAAUAGUUAAAAGACGCAUUGGACGGCAAACCUUCUUUUUCAAUCGAAUAAGGGUGAACCGCUCAGUAUAGAUGAUGGGACCAAAAAAUGAAAGCGAAAAAGCCGUGUAAGCAAAUGGCAAAACAUGUGUAUCGUGAAAACUGUCUGAGAGGAAAGGCAAAAGCGAAGGAGUGCAGUAUUGUACAAUUUCAUCAAUCAAUGUCGUUCGUCCAUUUGUUUGUUUUAUUUCUUUUUCCUCUAGACAUGUCACCAGAUGAAUUUUCACGUCAUUUGAAUGUUUUUCUUUUUCGCGUGUGAAUGGGUGCCUUUGUGCUGCAAUUCUGGACAAGUGGACGUCAAUUGUAACAACGCCCUAUUUCCAAUACUUGGAUCUUGGCCUGUGUAAAUCAAUUCCUUGUCGUGUACCAAAAGCUUCUUUUUUUUCCCCCUCCUUUUUCAUCUACUUUUCCCUUUUUAUCUAAGAAUCUACAGCUACCGACGUGGUGAUUCCGUAUAUAUCUCUUUCAUCCAUAUCAGCGUGACUGUGUGCCCCCCUUUUCGUUCCAUUUCAUCAUUCGCUCGUUCAUCAGUGGUCAGUGUACAUUACCUGCGUUUUCCUCUCUGUGUUUUCACACUCUCGUUCUGUGUUCCUCUUGUUACUUAAAUAUUCUUCAUCAUUCCUUCCUCGCGAUUCAUUCACACACACAUCACUCUUCACGCGUUCAUACCACAAUGUGUCUCCCGCCAACCACAAGAAUAAAACCGAAUAUAUCCAAGAAGAAAACUAAUAAUACAUUAUCCAAGUGUCUUGAACACGGUGAAAAAUCGUCAGUAACAUUCCGGGUUUUCCCAUCGACAAAUUGCCGUGAUGGAUGCAUACCAGCGUAACAUCAUUCCCCGUGAAAAAAGAAACUCUUAAUUAACUUUCGGGUUUUGUUGACUGCACAAAGACAAGAAAGACUUUUUUUUCCUUAUAAUUCAUGUCACAGUGUUUGCUUUCUUCAUUCAAUCUUUUAUUUCCAUUGUAGUGAGAGACAUGUUCCCCUCCCACAUAACGUCGAUUCAUCAUUGUGUAAAGUGGUGUCACAGCAUUAACGACCAGAAUUACGACCUUCUUUCCCACCUUCGGCGACACGUACAGAUCGACGCCCAUGAUGGGGUACCAAACUACGCCCAAUAACUUCCCAGCAUUCCCAAAACUUUACACAAGACACACAAAUCGUACACGUCUUUCUAAUCCGUUAUCUAAAUAAUAAUUAAUUAAAAAAUAUCCCAAUUGUUGGUCAACGUGAUGCGUUGUGUCCUGUACAUUUUGUUUCCAUUUUCGACAUUUUUUUCCUGCUCUCGUUCUCCAUCGUUCCCUUCUUCGAUCGCUGUAAUUACCAACGCUACGUUAUGAGAUAAAAUAAAAAUUACUCCAUAUUUCAGCGAA